UUUCCCAGGGCAGUCAUUGGCUCUCUGGAACUAUAAGGCAUGCUCAUCCAGAAACAGCCUGAGAUUUUUCUUUCCCGGAGAGAGCCCGAAGUGAAUGAUAAGAAAAUCCAUCCUUGGCGUACCCUGGGAGAAAAAGCGGACAAGAGCAUUAUUCCUAUUGGCUUACUCGGAUUUAAGGUCCUGAGAACUGGAGGACUUGUCCCAGAUUAUAGAACGGGUCUUUGAGAACUUGACACAUGACUCACUGGAAAAUGACCCGUUUCCCCUUGGGUGGAAGCAGCUGUUGUGCUUGACUCCGGGCUAAUCGCGUGUCGUGUCCCCGCAGGGCAUGGAGGGGCCGGAGGCCCGGGAGCUGCAGGGCGCCGACGCGCUGCGCCGCUUCCAGGGCCUGUUGCUGGACCGCCGCGGCAUGCUGCACGGGCAGCUGCUGCGCCUGCGCGAGGUGGCCCGGCGCCUCGAGCGCCUCCGCCGGCGUUCCCUGGCGGCCAACGUGGCGGGCAGCUCGCUGAGCGCGGCGGGCGCGGUCGCAGCCAUCGUGGGACUCUCGCUCAGCCCCGUCACCCUGGGGGUCUCUCUGCUGGCGUCGGCCGUGGGGCUGGGGGUGGCCACCGCCGGAGGGGCCGUCACCAUCACGUCCGACCUCUCCCUGAUCUUCUGCAACUCCCGGGAGCUGCGGCGGGUGCAGGAGAUCGCGACCACCUGCCAGGACCAGAUGCGCGAGAUCCUGAGCUGCCUCGACUUCUUCCUUCGCGGGCAGGGCCGCGGGGACCGCCAGCUGCUGCAGAGCGGGAGGAACGCCUCCAUCGCGCUGUACAACUCGGUCUACUUCAUCGUCUUCUUUGGCUCCCGCGGUUUCCUCAUCCCCAGGCGGGCCGAGGGUGCCACCAGGAUUAGCCAGGCCGUGCUGAAGGCCAAGAUCCAGAAACUGGCCGAGAGCCUGGAGUCCUGCACCGGGGCUCUGGACGAGCUCAGCGAGCAACUGGAGUCCAGAGUCCAGCUCUACACGAAGAGCAGCCGUAGCCACGACCUCAAGAUCUCUGCUAACCAGUCCGCUGGGCUAUUUUUCUGAGAAUAUCUUUUCCCCCUAAUGACCGAGGCUAGAAACCAUCCCCAUGGGAUGCUCCAGAUUUGUAGCUCCCUCAGGAAAACACCAAGUUGGGUUAGGAGCUGAAUGCAAAGGAUGAGAAAAACUGUUUUUCAAGUGAGGGAUGGGGAUGUGUCCUCCCAACCCUUUUCCCAUCACUGUGACAUCCUGCCUGGGGCUGAGGGCUAGGGACUUUUUACCUGCCUGAUCCUGGUGGGAUAUGUGACGUGAAAACUAUUUUUCCUUUAUCAUCACCGUUCAGUCUUCACACCGCUGGGCACUCCUGAUUUAAAGGUGUUGCAGCAUCCCUGUCCCAGCCCCGGUGGGUGGUUUGAGCCGAGGCUGGAGAGGGUUGCAGACAUCGCCACCCUUUGGGUCUUCUCCAAGCCCCACUAGGCUUUGAAGUCCUCAAAAUACCUCUAAGAGGAGACACUAGCUUUAAAACCUCUCUGCCAGAGUUUCUGAGUACAAAGAAAUCCAGAAUCCAGAGCAAAUCAGACCCUCUCAGAACUGUGUAGGAGGAUUCAGAACCCAAGAGAGGCACCUCCCACUAACAUGCAUCCCCUCCCCUCUCAGCGUGCCCACUCAUAGAUCCAGCCUGGGGAUGGAGUGGACCUUCCUGGGUAUCUUCAUAUCCAGACCUCCAAGGUACUCUGAGAGGGGAAACCAACCGAACGAUCACCUAAGUCCCGCCCCCUUGCAGAAGAAACUGAGGCCAAGGAAGAGGAAAUGACUAACAGCUUCAUUUACUGACAUCAUAGCAUAGAGAAGGAAGCAAUGACUUUUGAGUUAGUCCUGGGUUUACUGUCUGAGACUUGGCUCACUGGUCUGUAAAAUGGAUGCUAAAACCUCACCCUGUUGGGAGGUAUUAAGUGAGAUAAAGUGCCAAGCACAGUGUCUGGGUCACAAAGUGUGGCCCCUGGGCUGGCAGCAUCACCUGGGGACUUGUUAGAAAGGCAAGUUCUUGGCCUCAACUCUAGACAUAAGGAGUCAGAAAUUCUGGAGGUGGGGCGCAGCAACCUGUGUUUAAACAAGCUCUUGGGGUGAUUUGAUGCCUGAUAAGGUUUGAAAACCGCUGCAAGGGAUGUUGGUUUCUGAUCCUCUGAUGAGCUUUCACGAAGUCUAUAGCCUCUCUGGGCUCCGUGGUCUUCACAGUCAUUCACAAAAAGUCAAGGACAGUGUCCCAGAAAUAAAAGAAAGAAGGUGCGUGGGGACGACUGUGUCGAUGCUUCCUGGGGCAAUUUCCUACCGGGUGAACUAAGGGAUGUAACAGAAUCAGCCCUUUAGAGGGCAGUGUUGCCCACUCGUUGUAAAAACUGGUACAGAAAGGAAUGUGAAUUUAAUGGAAAUUGACCUUUAUUACCUUCUCUGAAAACCUCCAGACCAUUUUUUAAUUAUUUAUUUUAAGUUUCUUAUUUAAUUACUGUUUAUUAUUAACAUUUAAUUUUAUUUAACCACAACAUUAGAAAAUAAUAGGAAUAGCAAGUUUCUGAAUGGGAGACUACUGGGGUUCUUUUCGGGAGAUGAAGUUGAGUUUGCCUUUCUAAGGUGGGCCAUGAGCUGAAAAUAGCAUUGCUUUCCUUGAAUAAGUCUCUCUCCUUCAGAGGGGAAUUUUCCCCCCCAGUGUUUUAAAUGAUCCUUUUAAGUAAAUGUGGGAAGUUCUGAAUAGAGAGACCAGGAGCUGAAUUUAAGCUUAUAAAUGGAGACUUGACUUGUCAAUAUAGAGAUGAUGCAAGCAUAUCUAUCCUGAAGGUACAAGACUUUGCCAGCAGUUAACACUUGACCUGAAAAGCCUUCCCUAUUUAGUUCAGGGGGAAAAAAACCAAUUAGAGGCAUAUGAAGGAAGCACUUGGAAGCCUGAUGUCCUGUGAAGUUGGGUUUUAUGGGCGUUAGACAAAUUAGCUUGUGUUAUGACGGUGAUGUGUUAUAUUUUCACUUUGGGAGCUGUAAGAAAUCUGUAAGCUGUCUCUUAGAAAAUACUUCCAAUUUCUUCAGUUUCCAUUCCUACAAAUGUAUUGUUGAAAAGUCUUUGGGACCACACGCACAAAAACACUUGGCUGUAUUAUUUAAUUAUCUAAUAUGCUUUAAAUUUACCCAGUUGACCCCCAUGCUUCCCAAUGAUGGCAGGGUGUCUGAGGAAGUGUAAUUUCAGUGCUGGGGAGAGGGGUUGAUGUUUCUAUAUUUUUGUUUUUCCUAUAAAUGGCAAUGGAUCUGUAUCCUGGUUUAUUCUGAAGUUGGUACCAGUUGUUUUUUUUAAACUGGUGUCAUUUCCUAGAUUGCCUUGCACAGAUGCAUUUUAGAUGACCAGAAUGUACUUCACAGGUUUGUGUUAUGUUAUAAAGGUACACUCACUGCCUAACCUCAUCUUUUAUUAAUGCUUAAGUUUGAAUUAUAUUCUUCCAGUGCCUGAGCUGUUCCCUAGAAAUAAACUGGGCACUUUUGGAAGCCCCAGCCUCAGCAGCAGCAGCAACCAUUUCAUAUUAUUAGGGUAUUUUGCAUGUAUCAAAGUCUUAAACUUUUGAAGUUAUAAUUUCAGUGACCCACUGUACAUCUAAGGCAGGGUGUCUACUUUGGAACAAUACUUUGCACGUUAUAGGAGCUCAGUAAAUGCAUUUGAAUAAUUUAAUGAACUGCUUAACCAUAUUAAGAGGAAUUUGUUGAUAAUGAAAGAGCAUCUAUCCUCUUAUGUGUCUGUUAUAAAGUUGGAAACCUCUACCAGGAUUUAAGUGAAGUUCAGUUAAAUGGAUCCUAGAGACGAGCAUUUUCUUUAUUUCUUUUGUGGGAAUGUGAAUAAGGCUUUUCCUUAAGGUCUUCGUUCUAUAAAACAGAUUGAAAUGGUAUGUUGUAAAGGGAAGAAGAUAAAGGGGUAUUUAGAUUACAAGCGUACUUCAGAAAAAUAUCCGAGUUUGAAAAAUAAAUAUGUUCGUAUUGAAGGUUUAAGUGCUUCUGCUGGUUUCUGGGGUUUACAAUCAUUUGGAUUGUUUUCUUUCACAAUAAAGGAGAUUCAUUUGGUUCUGCA